CUCUAUAUAACCAGGACCAAUCUCUGCAUCUACAUCUCAACUUCUACAUCUUAGGAUAGUCAAAAUGGCUAUGGUAUCGGAAUUCUUGGGUCAGCUGUCUCUCAACAUUGGGAACAGCGAACCCAAGUACCCAACAGUUUUACCUGCUGGGGACUUUGACCCUGACAGAGAUGCUGCCAGAAUAGAGACUGCUAUCAAAACCAAAGGAGUGGAUGAGCAGACCAUCAUUGAUGUCCUAACAAAGCGGACCUACUCCCAAAGAAGAGACGUUGCUUUCGCAUAUGAAAGGAGAGCAAAGAAGGACAUGAUCACAGCCUUGAAGGGAGCUCUGUCCGGCUCUCUGGAAACAGUGAUCCUCGGACUGAUGAAGAGCACAGCCCAGUACGAUGCCUCAGAGAUCAGAGGAUCUAUCAAGGGCUUAGGAACAGAUGAAGAAACACUGAUUGAGAUCUUGUGCUCACGCAGCAAUACUGAGCUUGUUGAGAUCAAGCAGGUUUAUAAGGAGUUGUUCAAGAAAGAAUUGGAGAAAGAUGUAGCAGGCGACACCUCUGGGAACUUUGCUAAGCUGCUGCUGGCUCUGGUGCAGACUAAAAGAGCAGAACCGACCGCUGUUGUGGACUAUGAAAAGAUCGAUGAUGAUGCCAGGAAACUCUAUGAUGCUGGAGUAAAGAUUAAAGGAACUGAUGUGACCACUUGGAUCUCCAUUAUGUCUGAGAGGAGCGUACCCCACCUGCAAAAAGUGUUUCAGAGGUACAAAAGCUACAGCCCCUACGACAUGCAGGAGAGUAUUAUGAAGGAAGUUAAAGGAGACUUGCAGAAGUCCUUCCUGGUUCUAGUUCAGAGCUUUGAAAACAAACAGCUGUACUUUGCCAACAGACUGCAUGAAGCCAUGAAGAGUAAAGGGGCCAAAGAGAAAGUAGUGACCAGAAUAAUCGUGUCUCGCUGUGAGGUGGACUUGAAGAAGAUCUGUUCUGAGUACAAGGCCCAAUACGGACAGUCUCUUCAAAAGACUAUUCUGGAGCACACCAAAGGAGACUAUCAGAAGGUGCUGCUUAGCCUUUGUGGACCAGAGGCAUAAGAAUGAUUCAUUCUCAGGGUCCACCACUGGCAAUGUGCUUGGCAGGUGACAAAUGAAUCAUGAAUACACACUAGGAACAAACUCUGCUUCCAAAGCCCAUCCUACAUUUCCACAGUACAAAAAUUCAAGAAGAUAAAGGUAUCUUUUUGUUACAUGAAUCAUUUUUAUUACAACCCACUUUUGUUAUACCAAAAUAGCAAUAAAGUUCCUUUGUUGCACUGCGCUUUCUUAUUUUCCUUGCAUCCCUUUUUUUUAAACUUGUAGUUUACAGAAGUAUCCAUUAGAGGGCGCUAUAGUAGCAUUAAAAGCAGCUGCAGAAAGCUUUAGCUUCUCUGUCAAACCUCACACUUUCUGAUACCUGCUGAAUAAAUGCACACAGUGAUUCUGUCUUACAU